AUGGCUCUGACGAAUUUCAUACUAACAGUCGCUGGCGUGACAGCGGCGGUGCUGCUACUCAGGAGUGAUGUCAAGCAGUCCGCCACCGUCUUCCGCCGCAACAUCCGCCAGAUCCGACAGUGGCUAGAGGAGGAAUCUGUCUCUGCUGCCAAGUAACUUCCCGUCCCAUCCUAAUUUCUUGUUUCUGCAGCAGAAAGAAGAAAUUUAUGCUUCCUUUAGCUAAAUAUAGAUGAGUAAUGUUCUGUUUUUUGACAAUAUUUCGGAUUGAAUAUGAUGUGAAAUUCACUGGACCCGUCGGAUCUUGGAAGCUUAGAACCCAAGAAAGAUGAAACUUUUGAUCCCAAGGAAGCCAAGGCGCUUGAAAUCCAUGAUCAAUUUAUUAUAUUCUUGGCCACUAUAGAACGAUUAAAUAGAUCCCAUGGUACUUCUGGGGGUCAAAUUUUCUGAUCGAAUGUGGAUUUCAUACAUUGUUUUAUAAGGGUGGGUCAAACUUAGUUGUGCCCAUUCAUGCAGCUAAUCCAAUGCUCAAUCCCUCACCAAGAUAUUUCAACCCCAAAAACUUGUUGAGAUGUAACACUCGCAAACCUUGUGUUUCAAACUUUCCCAUGUCUUGGACUUCACAACCAGCUGGCUAGAGCAGCUCUUGUCAGAGGGUCACACCAAGGGACUCGCCCACCGCAUGAUCUUCCAUGCUUCACAGUUUCUCCUCCUCCCAUGAAAGGGAUUCCCUUGACUGAAAAUGCAGACUUAGGAAUCCUGCAGUCUCCCGUAAGUUCCUACGAUGAUAUCCUGCUCUUUGUGGAGGAAGGAUGCCGCUUAUCAUCAGAAGGGUUCUUGUUCUUGCAGUCUCAGUGUGCAUUUUUAGCGUUCUGUGCUUGACAUGGUUUUUCCCCGGGUUUUCUUCUCAGGAGCGCAGAACGCACGGCUCCAAAGGAGUUGGAGACGCAGGUUCCAAAGAAGGAGAUCCCCAAGGAGGACAAGAACUAG